GGCACGAGCCGGAUGCAGACACGGAUCUUCAUCUUCAGUCUUGGAAAAGUUGAGGCUCCUAAAGUUGCAGGUUCUUUUGGUUGUAGAAGGAGAACUGGUGAUGGGGUGUAGGGCGGCUGUCGGGGUCCUGCGGCCUGUCCAACUCAUGCUGCUGCUCCUCGUCUUCAUCAUGCUGGCUGUGGUUUGUGCAGCGGGCUCGGACUACUACAAUCUGUUGGGAGUCAGCAGGGAGGCAACGACCAGAGAGAUACGACAGGCGUUUAAGAAGCUAGCGCUCACCAUGCACCCUGACAAAAACCCUGGUGACCCCUCAGCCCAUGACAGGUUUCUGAAGGUGAACCGGGCUUAUGAAGUUCUGAAAGAUGAAGACCUGAGAAAGAAAUACGAUAAGUAUGGAGAGAAGGGACUCGACGAGCAGCAGGGAGGACGUUACGAGAGCUGGAACUACUACAGAUAUGACUUUGGAAUCUAUGAUGACGAUUUGGAGAUUAUCACUCUGGACAGUGGCGACUUUGAAGCAGCAGUAAACUCUGGAGAAAUCUGGUUUGUCAACUUUUAUUUCCCACGAUGCUCGCAUUGUCACCAGCUGGCUCCAACGUGGAGAGAGUUUGCCAAAGACAUGGACGGAGUGAUCCGGAUUGGAGCGGUGAACUGUGGAGACAACAACCACCUCUGCAGAAGGAGAGGCAUCCACAGUUACCCUAGCCUGUAUAUUUACAGAGCAGGACAGAGACCAGAGAAGUUCACUGGGGAGAGAACUAAAGACAACCUGGUUGGCUUUUCCAUGCAGUUCAUCACAACAACUGUCACUGAGCUCCAGCAGGGUAAUGUUUUCACUGAAAUGGAGAGUGCAUUUGCAUCAGGGCUUGGAUGUCUGAUCACCUUCUGCUCUGACACUGGAGAUUGUUUGGAGCCAAGAACGAGACAGAAGCUUGCUGGGAUGUUGGAUGGCCUGGCUAAGGUGGGGUGGAUGGACUGCACUGUUCAGCAACAGCUAUGUGACAGUUUCCAGGUAACAAGUGGAGCAACUGCCUUGUUUCCACCUGAAAGUGCUCUGGAUAAACAGGACAGUGUACUGUGGUUGAAGACUUUGGACAGUAGAGAGAUUUAUAAUCAGGUCAUCAACCAUCUGCCUGAUCUGGAACUGCUGACCAGUGACAGCUUUGAGAAAAAACUGGCUCAUCAUCGCUGGUUGAUCAGUUUUACGUUUGGUGAUCGAAGUACAGCCUCCAACGAAUACAAGAAGCUCAAAGCCUUUCUACGAAAAGACCACAUACAGGUUGGCAGAGUCGACUGCAAAGCAGAUUCAGGAUUGUGUCAGUCUCUCUACAUCCAUAAACCCUGUGUGGCUGUCUUUAAAGGAUUGGGGAUUCAUGACUUUGAGAUCCACCAUGGUAAAGAUGUGUUGUACAACAUUGUGAGCUUUGCAAGGGACAGUGUUCAUGCUCAUGUGACGACGUUGAAGCCAGACAACUUCCCCUCAGACAGGAAGGAGCCGUGGCUCGUUGAUUUCUUUGCUCCGUGGUGUCCUCCAUGUCGAGCUUUACUGCCUGAAUUGAGAAAAGCUUCGGUCCAGUUGGCUGGACAGAUCAGGUUUGGUACUCUGGACUGUACCAUCCAUCACAACUUGUGCUCCACAUAUAAUAUUCAAGCUUAUCCCACCACGGUGAUCUUUAACGGCUCCUCUGUUCAUGAGUAUGAAGGGCAUCACUCAGCUGACGGCAUCCUGGAGUUCAUACAGGAUCUGGUCAGUCCAUCUGUGGUGGUCCUGGACCCCUCCAGCUUUACAGAAAGAGUAAAAGGUCGAGCUGGCGAACAGAUCUGGGCUGUGGAUUUCUACGCUCCCUGGUGUGGUCCCUGUCAGGCUCUGAUGCCUGAGUGGAGGCGCAUGGCCCGGAUGCUGUCGGGUCAGAUCCUGGUUGGCUCAGUUGACUGUCAGCGCUUCCAGACAUUCUGUCAGAGUCAGGGUGUGAGGGCGUACCCUGAAAUCCGUCUGUACACUGGAAACGCCAAACAGCAAGACCGCUACACGACUUACAAUGGCUGGCACCGAGACGCACAGUCACUCCGAUCAUGGGCUCUCAGUGCUUUGCCUCGAUCUUCAGUGGACCUGACUCCAGACACCUUCAGGUCUCAGAUUCUGUUGGGUCGUGAUCACUGGGUUCUGGAUUUUUAUGCUCCUUGGUGUGGACCUUGUCAGCACUUUGCCCCAGAGUUUGAGGUCCUGGCUCGGAUACUUAAAGGGGAGGUCCGAGCAGGCAAGAUAGACUGUCAGGCUCAUUAUCAGACCUGUCAGUCAGCUGGAAUCACUGCCUACCCAACGGUCCGAUUUUACUCAUACCUGGGAACAAAGAGGCCUGAACAAGGCGGAGAGCACAUCAAUAGUCGGGACGCAAAUACAAUUGCUGACAUCAUCAGACAUCGUCUGGAACAGCUGUCACCACGGUUACACAGCACAACAAGGGAUGAGCUCUGAUGAAGGAGGCUGCUGUGUGAAAUACGACAGAUCUGAUUGGUCAGAGAGGGAUGUAGGUGGAUUUGAUUGGUCCAGAGAGUUGAUCAGUCAGCCAACACUCUGAGAGGACUUCAGCUGGAACACAGAGGCACGCACUGACUGCUACAGCUGUGAUCCUCAAUGAAAUGAACACUUUUGCCUUGUUUUUAUUUGCUUUUAUUUUGUCUCCAUUGUUUGUAUUUACUCUAUGAAGUAAAAUUGUGGGACACUGGGAUACUGUUUAUGUUACUGCAUACAAUCGCACACAGAACCAAAUCAUGACAUAUUAUUGUAAAUUAGUGUUCUUAUUGGAACGAUUUAAGAAUAAAACACAUUACAAUAUUUUCCAAAUCACUUUUUAAAACUUUUGUGUCUGUAUUGUGUUUAUUAAAAAGGUAAUUUAAGAUGAUAAGAUUUU